UUUCAUAAGGCGGUAAACAAGAAGUUUUGGUUUUAAAAUCAAAAUUCUUAUGAUUGUGAUCCUUGUAUGACUUAAAUAUCUAGCUUUUUUUGUCCGUAGCUCCAACGUUAUUCAAAAUUUAUUCAAAAAUUGCAUCUUCUUUUAAUGCAUUAAUGAAAAACUUGGAAGAGAACAUUUCCGCCACUCAUAGCAUCCAUGGUCGACGCCAUCUUGAGCGCAAGUUGCGUCAAGCUUCGGGCCUAAACCAACGUUUGUUUCGCUCCUCCCGUUGUGUACACAUUUAAAUGGGUUUUAAGGCGGAGUUGAGCUUUCGGUGCUUUCUGGUGCAUUUGUGGAACUAAUAAUGUUAGUUGGAGAUUAAUAUUCUAUCAAAAUACGCUGGAUUUUACGAUAUAUGUGGAAGUGCAACGUUGACUGAGGAGGGAGUUGGGCAGCUUACGGAGACGAAGACUUGUUCGUAUUGGAUUAGCUUCGGCCGAGGAGAUCAGCGGAGAACCCGCAGCCAAACCGUGUGAUGGUGUAACUAGUGGUGCAAGUGCUUUAUUAUGGCCCAGGUUCUUAACAAGGACCCUAUCACAUAUCAAAAAGAACGUGAUGGAUUUCUACGGGAGCUCCAACACUUCCACGAUACCCGGGGGACUCCCUUCCGAAGAGUCCCUCAGAUUAAUGGUCAGGAGGUUGACCUGUACCUCCUCUACGUCCUUGUUACCGCGCAUGGAGGCUGGUUAAAGGUCAACUACAAAAAUGAGUGGGACGACCUUAUGGACCAGUUCAAGCUGCCGCAGCAGUGUGUCAACGCCGGCGUCGCGCUCAAGCAGGUGUACCUCAGGUACCUCGACCGGUACGAGAAGGUGCACUUUCUCGGCGAGGAUGGCGGGCGGGCCAGCGACGAUGACGACGACAGCCGUCACAAGCGGUGGUCGGCGCGGGUCCUGCAUUCGGUGCCCCUCGUCUACAACACGCACCAGCACAUCCUCAGCGAAACUCAAAGAGCGUACCAUGGACUCUCAACAGACCUCUACAAACCGUCGGAUUAUGACCGACUGGCUAUGUCUCUCAUGUCUCCUCUACCCAAUGAGCAAGACUUUGCCAUUAAUGUGUGCACACUACUGUCAAAUGAAGGAAAGCACACAUUAAAAUUGGACAAAUGCCCACGACUUGUCGACUUUCUACUUGCCCAUGCAGCUGUUUUUAGUAAUGAGGGAACUAGAGAAUUAUUCCAAGAAGUAUAUGGGAAAGUUCGACAUAGUUCAAUGACUCACUUCUGGGCUGAUGUUCUUGAAGAUGCCGAACUGCACCACCUAACCGACGAAGCACAAUGGCCACUAAAGUCAAGACCCUCUAUAGUCCCAAGUUUUGUUAGGACAGAUAGUUCAAAUUCAAUAGAUAAAAGUCGUAAUAGUAGUAGAGAACUUUAUGAAACUGAAUUUGACCUAGAUGAAUGUGGAUUACGGUUGGAUUACCCUAGUAAUGUUUUUCUGGGUAGAAGAAAAAGUGGGGAGAGUUCAAAGACUGAUCUUGAGAAAUCUAAGAAACCCAGAAUCGAAAUUGAACCGUCCGAUUUAGAACUAUUUUGUCUUGGCAGAACAUUGGGCACACAAGACUACUUAGGACAGAGAGUAGUACAGGUCUCAACCAUACUACGGAAUUUAAGUUUUGGAGAGGAAAACCAAACUAUAUUGGCAACAAAUCCAACUUUCCUUAGGUUUUUGUUAUUAUGUUUGCACUCCCGAUGGGACACACUAAGACAACUUGGAUUGGAUGCUUUGGGAAAUAUUGCUUCUGAACUGCAAUUGGAGAGGCUAAGCUCAGAUGCUCUUCUUCAGUUAAUUCUUACUGCUGUUACACAAAGGUUAUUUGGUCAAGAUCGAGCUGGAAUCAUUUCUGCUCUAGAGAUAUUAAAUAAACUUGGUCAGCGAGAGGAUAAUGAAGAUGCAUUGCAACGGUCAUUAGAUGGAAAGGUGUAUGAACAAAUCAUCCGGUAUCUGACUCUGCAUGACAUUAUGUUACUUGUGCAGACACUUGAAUGUUUGUAUUCACUUUCAUCCCUUGGUGAAAGGGCCUGUAAUUUCAUUGUCAGAAUUCAUGGAGUUGUUGACACUCUUGUGUCACUAAUUACAGUAGAGGCACAAAGCUAUGGUCCAAAAGCUUGUAUACUGAUGAGAGUUGUUGAAACUAUUUCGGGACAUGAAAAUAGUGGCCACAACAACCAUCUUACAGUCUUGCAGACUGCAACUCCAUCUCAGCAUGCCGAACACACUCAACCAGGUCACUCAGGAUCAAUGAUGCAGCACACAUUAAACUCAAUUAAAAAAGUUUAUCCUCCAUCCCCCAUGAUGACAAAAGUUACUCCAAUUCGCCCUGCAUUUACUUCUACUCAGACUGGAUCUGGAUCCCCAGUUAUGACCCUGCACCCACAGUUAACUUUGCAACAGCAGAAUCCACAACAAUCAACCAUGUUCCCCCCUACAUCACAGCAGUCCAGUUUUCCAGCAAUACAAUCGGUUCAAACAAGUGUGCAAUCAUUGCAGCCCCAGCAACAAUCUUUUACCUCACAGGCAUUGCAACCUUCAAGUCAAAUGAUGUCUGUCAUAGCACAAGCUCCUCCAAUGUCAACACCUGCUUCUGUCAUACAGCAUCCUCCAUCAGCAUCAAGUCCCCAACCGCGGCAGACAGCCACCCCUCCUCCAGCAAACCAGGGUCCCUCAGGACAACUCACUGCCCAAGAAAUGGUAGUCAGAGAAAAUGAGCAGUUUGCUAUAUCUUUCCUCCGCGCAACUUAUGAAAGUGUUCCUGGCUGUCGGGUAGAGCAAAGUGAAGUUUACAACAAGUACCUCAGUGCCUGCGCCAAAGCAGGAAGGAAAGGUGUAAUAGCACCACUUCACUUCCCAAAAUGUGCCAGAACUGCAUUUGGAGUUGCAACUGUCCCAGCGGUAAAACCGGCCAUGUUUGGUGGAGAUUCAUCAUCUUCUGGAGUCAGCAAGCAGCUUUUCUAUGAAGGAAUCAAGGUGCGACCCAAGCCAAUUCCCGUCAUUAUGGAGGGAACUGAGUCUGCCACUAUAGGCGUCUCACCCAUAGACAAAAAGAAGCUUCUUAAACAAAAAAAACCAGCAACAGCAGGUGGCACUGCACCAAUAGUUAGUAGUACAAGUUCAGACAAAAAUGCAGACCCUGUCCCUCCAACUUCGGUUUCCUCUUCCUCAACGGCGCCCUCUGCCUCUUCUACAACCUUUACCCCCACAUCCUCCAUUCUCCUUAGUCAACUCAGCGCACCCCCUAAGCCCAAGGAUACUCCCUCAACCGCGGAAAAUAGCAAUCAGGUUACUUCACAUCCACAUCUAAGUCAAGCUUUGGUUGGUUCUGAAACAAACCCCUCCGGAAGUACCUCUGCUGCUGCAAGUACAAGCACAAACAAUUCUGUUCAAUCUGCAACCUCUGGAGCACAGCCUACAAACACUUCCCUUAUCAAGAGUUUGCUUGCUACUAAGGUAGGCGAGACUAGCAUGUCGAGCCCACAGCCUGCUGGCAUGAUGAGUGGAAACAUAACCAGCUAUAACAUCGACAUCGGCAAUAUCCAGCAGGUUGCACAGCGCCAGCGUAUGCAGCAACAACAACAGCAACAACCAGUGCAAUCUGAACAGCAGAUUCAAGGUGUUCAGUCAUCAGCACCCAUGCACGUGCAAAUUGCAUCAGUGUCUCAAGCCUUGCAACAGCAGCCUCCGCCUCUUCAGCCACAUUCUUCUCAGCCUACAGCUCAGUCUCAAUCAACUCUGAAAGCCUCUUUACCUCAUCAACCUGAAGCUGCAGGCCAACAAGCACAAUCAAAUGUUGCCAUCUCUUCUUCACAACCAACAGCUCAAGGUGCAUUGUUGCAGCAACAAUUACUACAAACCUCCAUUCAGCCAAAUGAACAACAAUCUGGUGCUAUUUUAACAUCGACAAUUGUCAACCACAAAGGCAAGGCUUUAAGGGUUGCAAGAAUUAAUGGAGCUCGAACCCCGACCAUCAUUCAAAUUCAACCUCAGGGAGAUUCCUCAGAAGUGGAAAAUCACAUAGGAGGGACGGUAUUACAAAGCAGAAGAGAUCCUCCUCAACCACCACCACCACCACUAGCACCACUUAGUUCUGGACCUAAUCGUGUAGUUACCCAAGAAUCAACUGAUGGUGCAAGUGUGAUAAAAUGUACAAAUAAUUUAAUUGUGUCUGAAGAAAAUGCUACCAAAGCUAAUAAUCAAAGUAUGGAAGGUGUACUCGUUAAUGGUGCUGCCCAUGGGGAAAUCAAAACAGAAAUCAAACAAGAAGAAACUUCUGUUGAAGAUAAUACUAAACCUGUUGGUAAAGGAAAUCUAAUGCUGGUUGAUCUCCUGGAAAAAUCUGUUGAUGUCAAGGAGCCUCCAGUAUUAAAUGGCGGUUUAUCUUCCAAGGAUUUGUGUAUCAGUGAACGUGGUCUAGAGUUAGUCUCUAAAGGAGCUAAGACUGAAUUGGGGAAGCAGAUAAGGAUCACUGAACGUGGUAUUGAAGUUGUGGACACUGUUACUGGAGGUUGUGAUAAAGACCUAACUGGUAUGGAGUUGAGACUUACUGAAAGAGGUCUCGAACUUGUUGACAAACAGAGUGAAGUUGUUCAGCCUGCACCAACUGCUGUGCAGCAAGACAAUGUACUUAAGAAAGAGCUAUCUGUUGGUGAAAAGUUACUGGAAUUUUUAGAAAAGCAAGAUGGCAAUCUCCAAGAUGAAGUCAUGGUUGGUCCUGAAGGUGAUGUUGCUGCAUGUAUUAAAAGGUCUGCUGAGGAUGAUGCAGAUGAUAAAAGUGAUGUUAAAAGGUUGCGGCUAGAAGUGAAUGGUAAUGGCUCAAAUUCAGGUGAUGAAUCUAGCCAAGGUGAAGAAAAAGUCAAAGCUUCAUCAGCUGCAGCGAAUUUGUACUCUGCUCUUGCUGCUUCAGUGCUGGAAGAUGAGGAUCCAGAGUUACUGAUGGAGCAAGUGCCUCAAACUCAAGUUAAUAAGGAGCCUGCUCCGGUUGUUACGCAAUCACAAGUAGUUGAACAACCUGUCACUCCAGCUGCUCAAUCCCUACAACAGAUUCAAAUUCAGCCUCAAAUGCAAACACCACCACAACCACAACAGGCACAAUCACAACCACAGUUGCAGCUGGUUCAGAGUGGAGGCACCAUACGCCAAGUCUUUGUUAGUUCUGAUCCAAACCAGUCUGCUCCUGCCCAGCAAGUAAUGAUGGCUGGAACCCGACAAAUAAUUGUCUCUCAAGCCCUUACUGGUCAAAACCCAGUGCUUAUCACAACAGGAGGCUCAAUAUCUCUUCAAAGUGGAACAACUGUAACUGGUACUACUGCAUUAAAAACAGCUACAGGCCAGACUGUUCUGAUGCAGACCAGCACAGGUGGUAGCGUCAUUACUGGAGCGAUGGGAAGGCCACAGUAUGUCAUAUCGCAGCAAGGCCAGCAGUUGCAGCUUGUUCAGCCUGGGAAUCAGCUACAAAUUGCAUCAGGUGGAGUUGGUGGCCAGCAAUUCGUUAUGGCCCAACCUCAAACAGCUCUCAUUCAGGGACAGCCUCAGACUGUCUUAGUGGCUCAGACUCCUCAACAACAGGGCACUUCAGCCAAAACAAUCAUUAUUCUUCAGCAACAACCUGGAGGCACUGUCCCAGUCAGUGGUGUGACUACUCAACAAGCUGUCCAACAGAAAUUGGUGGCAGUCACUCCACAGGGUCAGCCUGUAGUGGUGACACCCGUCCAGAGGCCUGUAAUUCAAACAGGGGCCGUGAGCCAUUCUGCACCACCAGCAUUGGUUGCAACCAGCCAACAGCCGUCACCAGUACCAUCUCCUGCUCCCACUGGCAUUCCCACACCUGUGUUAACUGCCAAUCCAUCCCCAGUUCAAACUCCGUCCCCAUCACCUAUUCCCACUCCAACAAUCACUGCCAACCCUAAUGCUAGUGCAGGGUCUCGGCCAAAUGUUGUCCGACCGAGUCCAACCCCAAGCCCGAACUCUUUGACUAGUAAACCAAAUGGUGUAGUAAGCAGUACAUCAGUAACUAAUGCCACUGCAACACGAAUAGGAACUCGGAGUUCUGUUGCAAAAUCAACUACAGUAAAUACAGUUACCACUGCUUCAGCAGGGCCAGCAAGCCCUCAAUCAGCUGCUACUCCAGUAAAUUCGACCAAGCCUACAAUGCUUGCCUCAAAUACUUCAAGAGUUGGUGGGAUGCCAAGUCCAGUACCUAGACCUAUGCCUAACCAAUCUAUGUUUUUAUGUGAAUGGAGAGGCUGUAUGAGGAGCUUCAAGUCUGCUAAUGAAGUUUAUAUGCAUGCUUGUGAAGCACAUUGUCCAUCCGGAAGCCAAGAGAUUCAAUGCUUGUGGGAAAGAUGUGAUGCAAUGAAAAGAAAAAGAUUCUCUCUUAUGACCCAUUUGUUUGAUCGUCAUUGUAAUGCUGAUGUAUUGCGCAUGAUGGCCAUGCGGAGACGACAACUCUCUCAAAGUGGCCGCAGUGAAAUUCCUCCUCCACAGCCUCCACCACCACAUCCAGGAUAUGCACCUAACGCAGCUUUUCAUGCAAUCAAGAGACAUGCAUUGGAAUUUGUUAACCCGAAGGAACUACUGCAUAAACCUGGACCAGCACCUGUCCCUGUUCCACCCGAACAGGAUGACAAUGAGGGACCUGUUACAAAAAGCAUUCGUUUGACUGCUGCCCUAAUACUACGCAACCUAGUCAUUUACUCAAAUUCUGGGAGAAGAUUGCUACGAAGCCAUGAACCACACUUAGCUAGUGUGGCACUAAGCAAUGUAGAAUCAUCUCGAACUGUGGCUCAAGUUCUAUAUGACAUGAAUCAUGCGUCAAAUAGAUGACGUGACUAGAGUCUUAGGAGUGGGAAGAAAUAGUUUGCUUGUUCACUAUAGGGUGGAAUCUCAAGUGAUUUAAAGCUGUAGAAUAUUGUUUUCUUCAUUGAAUGUUAAAUAGAUUGUACAAUUGUAUCUACCAGUUUGUAUAUAUAUAUGUACAGUAAUUUUAGAGAAAUGUUCUUUAAGUUCAGGAGAACAGUGCUGUGCCCCCAUUUUUUACUAGUUAGUUGCAGGCCUGGGUUUUCAUCUCGGUGAUAUUCCAUAGAGAAUAAUUAAGAUGACAUAAUAAAUUGCAGAUUCCGUACUGAAUGUGUUUAUUUGGCCCUUCAUAGUUUGUAAGGACCAGAGUUUUGUGUUAUGGAAGAUAAAAGAACUGAGCCGGGCUAGAUUUUCUUCAGUUGGAAUGAUAUUAUAUGUCUGCUCCCAUGCACAAUGUAUUGCAAACCUUUUGAAUUUGUUUUAAAUGGACUUAAAUUCUGCAUUUUACAAAUUUCAAAGUAUGGGGUUUUACAUUUCUUUUUCAUUCUUUAUCUAUAAUUAUAUUGUACUUAAAGGUAAAGGAAAUUAUACCCCAUUCAAUCAAUUGUCUUAACUGCCAUGUCUUAAUGCGGGUGAGUUAUAGUUAAACUCACUUAUAGAUAAUUUAUUGUUACAUGUUUCCUACUUUUAAUCAUGAGUAAGUUUGACUGUAAUUUCCUACCCAAAGAUAUUUUACUUGUAAAUUGAUUUCUCUUUUAAAGCAAGACAACUUAAAUAAAUUAAAAUGUGAUCAGCAGUCUUAUAAGCAAUUAGUUCUAGGGUCCUGUAGGAUGUAUUGUAUCUCCUAUACCGUCAUUUAUCUUUUUUUUCUCUUUUUUUUUAUGUUCUGCCAGUUAUGUGCGAUUGUGUUUGAAGUAUGAGAGCAUGUGUGAUAAAUUGUGUAUAUUUAUGAUUGAUUCUAGUUGGGCAUUGUACUCUUGUCUGUUUCCUAAUUUGGCUUUAAACUGUCAGGAGCAUAACUUUAAGAUCACCAGACCUGCAGCGCAGCUGAUCUCCAUGGCAUGGCAUUGUCAAUGAUUAAUGAUUUGAUUGUACAGGCGUAAACUGAGAGAUUAUAUCCCAGGAAACACCAGUAUCUAUUUUAUCUUGUUACAUUAAGUCAAUUUGCAAUGCAAACCUUGCAAAAUAUGUACAAAGUAAUUUUAAAACUUUUUGUAAAGUCAGUUUUUAUAUUUUAUGGAUUGGCAAACAAGCUGAAAAGAAUGUAAUCAUGAAUUGUAUAGAUGUUGACAUUGAAGCUGUAGACUACCUUGAAAGGUUUUUGACAAAUAAAUAAUAUGAAAGUAAUUGUUAAAUUGUGCUAUUUAAAACCAUGAAAUGCAAUCAUAAAUUUCAUCUGAACCUUAAUUUUGUAUUUUUAAAUUAACAUGAGCACUUAAUCUUUUUGUGUAAAUACCGUGUUGCCAUCAGUUGGUGGUUUGUGUGCAAUCUUUACCCUUGUGAAAAUUUAAAUGGGAAAGCGUAGCACUUGCAUUUAGAUUUAUAGAUAUUUUUUAAUUGUGCUAACGGUUAGCGGUUUAACAGCCUUUGCCUAUAGCUAUCGUUAUACAAAAUUGUUGUGUAAUAAAUGAUGAAUUACGCUGUUAUUUUUUUAUGUGUAAAAUCUUUCACAGUUAUACAUCUAUUGACCUUCAACUGGCCCAUAUACUAGCAAUUUUAUAGAGAUAGGUAUAAUAGAUGUAAGACUUUAUCUGUGACAGUUUUUGUUUCUUUUUAAUUUCUAGUGUUCUAAUCAGUAUUAAUUGAGAAAGUUGCAUGGUUUUAAGUUGUUGGAGGAUAAGAAUCUAAACUUAUUUAAGGUCCUGCAACUGGUGGUAUGUGCUUUCACUUUGACUACUGUAAAUGAUCCAUGAAAUUAUAGGUCUAUUUAUAAUUUGUAUGUGCCUAGUACAACCUGACUUUUCUUCAGCAAUUCCUAUUGCAGUAUAGAGUAGGACUAUAAACUUCAAAUCUAAGCCUUACCAGAGGUGAACCUACAAAAUGCAUAUCCCAGUUAAACAAGUCCAAUUGCUAUUUAUUUCCCCAAGUGUCAGAUUCGAACUUGUUAUACAGCAUUUUGUUAUUUUAUUACAAUUUUUUUUUUAUUUUUUUUUUUGUAAUUUUACACAGCAAAUGAGUGUUUCAGUGAGACUUAGGCUCUGCUUUAGAAGUUGAGCUACUUUGUCAGUUUAUGUGAUGAGAGGAUUUUGCACUGUGUACAGUGUACUUUAUUGCCAAAAAGUUCUCAAAUAAAUCAGAAAUCAAAUAUU